GCUAACGUCAUAGCAGAAGUAGCCAGAAAUGGUGAGGUUUUCUACAAGAACUUUUCUGCUGGAACAUCUUCAGUUUUUCACCUCACUUAAUUUAUGCGGAACCCAUGUGUGGAUGCUGGGUUGAUCCCUCCUUUGGUGCAGCUGUUAAACUGCAAAGACCAGGAAAUAUUGCUUCAAACAGGACGUGCCCUGGGCAAUAUAUGCUACGAUAGCCAUGAGGGCAGGAACGCAGUUGACCGUGCAGGUGGUGCACAUAUUGUAGUAGACCAUAUAAGGUCACUGUGCAGUAAAACAGAUCCAGCCAGUGAGAAGCUCUUGACUGUCUUUUGUGGCAUGCUGAUGAACUAUAGCAAUGAGAAUGAUACCCUGCAGUCACAGCUUAUCAACAUGGGUGUCAUUCCUACGUUAGUGAAAUUGUUGGGUAUUCAUUGCCAAAAUGCAGCUCUGACAGAGAUGUGCCUUGUUGCAUUUGGCAAUUUAGCAGAACUUGAGUCAAGUAAAGAGCAGUUUGCGUACACAAACAUUGCCGAAGAGCUUGUGAAGCUGUUCAAGAAGCAAAUAGAGCAUGAUAAAAAAGAGAUGAUUUUUGAAGUUUUGGCUCCCCUGGCAGAAAAUGAUGUCAUUAAACUGCAGUUGGUUGAAGCAGGCUUGGUGGAGUGCUUACUUGAGAUCGUCCAGAAGACUGUGGACAGUGACAAAGAGGAUGAUAUUGCAGAGCUUAAAACAGCUUCUGAUCUUAUGGUUUUAUUAUUGCUUGGAGAUGAAUCCAUGCAAAAGUUAUUUGAAGGAGGAAAAGGCAGUGUGUUCCAAAGAGUACUUUCAUGGAUUCCUUCCAAUAGCCAUCAGCUACAGCUUGCAGGAGCAUUGGCUAUUGCAAAUUUUGCCAGAAAUGACGGAAACUGCAUCCAUAUGGUGGAUAAUGGCAUAGUUCAAAAGCUGAUGGAUUUGCUAGACAGACAUGUGGAGGAUGGAAAUGUAACAGUGCAGCACGCUGCACUGAGUGCUCUCAGAAACCUGGCUAUUCCUGUUGUAAAUAAGGCUAAGAUGCUGUCAGCUGGUGUUGCGGAAGCUGUAUUGAAAUUUCUCAGAUCGGAGAUGCCCCCUGUUCAGUUCAAGCUGCUGGGAACAUUAAGAAUGUUAAUAGAUGCACAAGCAGAAGCAGCUGAACAGCUGGGCAAAAAUGUAAAACUGGUGGAACGAUUGGUGGAGUGGUGUGAAGCCAAGGAUCACGCAGGUGUGAUGGGAGAGUCCAACAGACUACUUUCUGCACUUAUACGACACAGCAAAUCAAAAGAUGUAAUUAGGACCAUUGUACAGAGCGGUGGCAUCAAGCAUUUAGUAACCAUGGCAACCAGUGAACACGUAAUAAUGCAAAACGAAGCUCUCGUUGCGCUGGCAUUAAUCGCGGCUUUAGAGUUAGUCACUGCUGAAAAGGAUCUUGAAAAUGCUCAGCUUGUUCAGAUUCUACACAGACUGCUCUCAGAUGACAGAAGCGCUCCAGAAAUAAAAUACAACUCCAUGGUGCUGAUCUGUGCCCUUAUAGGAUCUGAGCCUCUUCAAAGGGAAGUGCAGAGCAUGGCCUUUCUAGAAGUCGUAUCGAAACUCCGCAGCCACGAGAACAAAACUGUUGCCCAGCAGGCCUCGCUAACAGAGCAGAGACUUGCUGUAGAAAGCUGAGGAAGGUCUUGUUUCCAGCGCAUCCCAUCACAGAUCUCACCUCUGUCCUCCGUCCUGCUGCCGCUCCCGCUAUGUUUUCCACUGUAUCACUCGUGCAUGCGUGUAACGUUCCCACACAAACUGAUGAACUGCUGUAGGUACCCGUCCAAAAAGGUUUCUACAAAUUCAUAGGUGGUGUUAACAUGAACCUGUCUCCACCCGUAACUGUUCUACUUGUAUUCUUGUUGCUUGGGCCACAUAGUAGAAUGUGCAUGUUAUAGUCCUAUGAUGACGUAGAAGUGGUACUACACGAUGACUCUUUCCUCACGCCCCCUAACUGCAUAACAAUGUACUACUAAAUUAGGGACAAUACAAGAUGCAGCAAGGCCAGGCUAGCGUGCUGAUUGUAGGGUUAAGAAGUCAAUCUAGCUCCAUUUUUGGUGCUUUGGAGAUUCAGGUUUGAAUGCAAUGUGCUGCUGCUCAUUCAUUGGUCUUGCCUAUUAAUGUCAAACUUGUGGUACCUAGAAGUAACAAAUAAAAAUUUCAGUGCUCUCACUUUAUCCUCUGGUUUCUCCCUUUUUGUAUUCGCACGCAGAAGCCACGGCUGCACCGCCACGCGCUGGUGAGGGGCCCCUUUCCUUCCUGGCUCCAGCCCCAAUGCAGUCACUGCUUUUCAGUUGAGCAAAUGUAAAGGAAACAAUUCCAACCACUUUCACCAUGUACGCUCACACGGAGGCGCGGCGCGGUUUAACAACCGUGUGUGUUAGCAGGAAUACACCGUACUGUUAUCCCAUAAAGCCACGUGGGUAUGAGCGCACUCAGGCUUGCUUGGGAUCGGGUUUUUGUUUGUUGGGGUCUUUUUGGUAGAUGGACUUUAAAAGGUGGAUCUUUUGCAGCUCGAGUGAGAGAUGCAGCAUGCAAGGGUCUUCCUUUUUCUCCUUUCCUAGGUAAAGGAGUUUGGAAAUUGCCAGCAUCUUACCUCACAGCUGCUCUUUCGUAGGUUUGUAACACGCCAGCAAGCAAACCAGCAGACGACUCUUUGGCAAAAGAGGGAGCCGUUGGGAUAGCAGUUCCCAGCACACCAGCACGUGUUACUUUUGACUGCGCGAUGCCCUUCUCUAGCUCCAUCAAGCCCACAAUGCACAAAGAUCAUGUAAGUUCUGUAACGUUUUAAAGCAAUUUCAGCACUUCCAGUGCUGAAGCGCCAGCCUCGGAAGCAUCAGGCUCCUUGUUUAUCAGCAGAAGAGGCGAACCCAGAGGCCAAGCACCCACACGAUCCCAUGCCACCUGCUUGCAAAAGCACUGCUUCUGGCCUUCCCAAAUUCACCUCCCAGCUCCAUGAAACCACUGGCUACCCCACAGACACUGUCAUGGGAAGAUGCCAGUCAUGAUGGGAAAGGGAUUAUGCACACAAGCCAGGUACGAAAAGAAACUUGCCUCAAAUAGUCAGUUGAAGCUCAGACUGUGACUGCACUGAAACCCAGCGGGUGCUACAGGUGCAUUCACAGGGCAGAGAUUUCAGGGCCAUUCAAUCCAGUGCCAGAAACACAGAGAAAAAGCCUCAAAUACGAAACUCUACAACAGCUUCUUAUUUAAGAAAAAUUCAAAAGACGUUUGCCAGUAACAGCGCAAUAAAGGCCCUGACAAGAGCCUAAGCAGGAGCCCGUGGCUCAGGCUCCAAAACCACAGCACCGCUGCGCUGCUGAACAUAACUGGCAUGUUUACAAUCUCAGGUCACAGUGGGCCCCCGCGAGCUCAAGUUUUCUCAGGCAUGGAAAUGCUUUCCAUUGAUUUAAACAGAUCCCAAAAUACAUUCAAAAGACCAGUUACCAGUGACUUGCCUGGGUCUAGAAAGAGACCAUUCCCUUUGACAUCGGUAUAAACUGCAAGUGCCCACAGGAGCUGAUCACAACCAAUGAUGAUGUGACACCGACAACAUUCCCAUUCACCUGGCUGGCUAACUGACCCCAGGUUAAGCAUCAGCCCUACCCUUAUCACCAAUUUUUUAUUAGGGAUACCACUGCCAGAGCAAGCACAAACAAAGGCCAGUGCCGAUAUCCCCCGACAUUCAGGGGGUUUCCCUGGAUGGAGUAUCAAGUGACUCGCAUUUCCAGAUACAAUCUGCACUAAGCCUGCACACACAAGUCCACAAAAGGGCAAAGAUGGGAGCGUGGGGCAGCAGGAGGAGGUAGCUGAAGAGGCCACAUCUAUCCGCACAAAUGCCAUGCCGCUGCGAGGCGCGCUGCAGCCUGCAGGGCAUUUCUGCAUAGCUGGUAAAUCAUUUACCCUCUCGGUCUCUUUUAGUAAGAGAAACAGGAUCUAAGGACGUUACUACCAUGCGUGUUUCACGACUCACUUGACUGAAGUCAACCAAAUUGAAAUCGCCAACAGUAGUUCUGAUCAGAUGUUCAGGAGAUGGGUGACACCUAAGCAAAGCUUGACAUCUGCUGCUCAGGCUAUUUUUACAAUGGCGAUGCCUACCGCCACAGCAAACCAAGCUAAAACGAUGGCUUGUGUAUUACAUCUCCCUGCGUCCGUAUGACUUUUGCAAGAGCUAGCAUCACUCCAGUCAGGAAGAUAAAAAGCACACACAUCUUUACAUUUCACGGUGUGGAAAGACAAGGAAAAGCUUCCCUUUGGGUCAGGCACAAAGCCCAACAACGUCGGCCUUGGAUCCAGAGAACGCGUUGGUCAGACGAGACCACGAGACCCAGAAAAGGUAAUUUGUUUAAUUAAAGUCCUAGAAAUGGCAACUAGCCACAGCUUCAAGGAGCCGUAUGCAAGCCUGUGAAGUUUGACAGAACGCAGCUGGCCACUCCCAGUCCCCCCACCCCCAUCGUGAAAACAGCGUGUCCAAGCACAUCACAAAGCUUUAGGCAAUGCCCUCAACUUUGCUUCUUUUUGGUUGACUUUUGCUCUUCCCUCCCCCCAAAGGCCUCCACAUUUGCGUUCUUCUUUUGCCAAACCAUUUCCAUACAUUCAGAUAAAUGCGUACGCCUGAAAUAUGCAAAAGGCACUGGACUUCAGUUUGGACAUAAAGACACGCUUUUAAAUCAGUGGGCAACACCGUAGGUUUGAGAUACUGGAUUGGAUUAGCUUGCUCUGCAGGUUUUGAAGGGCUAAAAAACCUGAGCUGCCUCCUCCUCUGUCUAAACAAGCACGAGACACCAUUACCUGGUUUUACCUGCACAAUAAAGUAAGUCAGCUCUCACCGCUCCUGUUUAAGGACAUGUUGCACUUAGAAAAGUGAGAUUCCCACCUCCCUCCCUUUGCAAAAGUUUAAUUAAGUCACGGCAAAUCCCCUCUGCGCUGCUCCCUGCAGAGCAGCAACUUCUGAACACUUCAGGGUCGCGGAAACGGUUCUGGGGAGAGCCCCAACAGACGCAGGAGCCAGCAGCCGCAGCGGUCCCAGGAACACCGACGACCUGUCAGAAAGAAGCAGAGCGUGGUCAUUAGCCAGAGACUUCAUCAACAGCUGACCCCAGAUAUGGGAUCUCCUCACUGGGGGAUGCGCUCCUCACGUACUAGCUUAUUAUUCAUGCAAGGGCAGCCGCUGGCGGUGUGAUAAUGAGUUUUGUGAUUUAAUUAGAACACAAUAUUCUACACCGUAUAGGAGAGACUCGGGCAUCUGUUUCCCCUGUUGGUUUGGGGGAGGAGAGGCAGGGGGUCUCCUCCUGGAGGAAUUUUGCAUGAACGUAUCUUUGUACUGUUAAUGUUAAAAGCUACAUCAAGAGUACACAUUCACAACAUCAUAUUUCACGCAAUUUUAUU